AUUGCCGAGGGCGGGUUUUCUGCUGGAAAGUGGGCGUGGCCUAGGCGGGAAAUCGAGGAGAACGCAGCUGAGGUCCAAGCCACGGAAGACGCCCUCGGUGGUGAAGGAGAGAUCACGCGGCCAUGCCUCCCUUUGGGCCCCGCGCGGCCCUCCUCCUCCUGCCACCGCUGCUGCUGCUCCGCGCUGUUCUGACCGUGCCCCUGGACCGGGGAACGUCCAAGGAGGAGAGCCCUGCGACCGAGAGCCCCGACACGGGUCUCUACUACCACCGGUACCUCCAGGAGGUCAUCAAUGUGCUAGAGACGGAUGGGCACUUCCGGGAGAAGCUGCAGGCCGCCAAUUCCGAGGACAUCAAGAGUGGGAAGCUGAGCCGAGAGCUGGACUUCGUCAGCCACCAUGUCCGAACCAAGUUGGAUGAGCUCAAGCGUCAGGAGGUGUCUCGGCUUCGGAUGCUGCUCAAGGCCAAGAUGGAUGCACAGCAGGAGCCCAAUGUACAGUUGGAUCACCUGAGCCUCCUCAAGCAGUUUGAACAUCUGGAUCCUCAGAAUCAGCACACGUUUGAGGCCCGGGACCUGGAGCUCCUGAUUCAGACGGCCACCCGGGACCUCGCCCAGUACGACGCAGCCCAUCAUGAAGAGUUCAAACGCUAUGAGAUGCUCAAGGAACACGAGAGACGCCGUUACCUGGAGUCACUGGGAGAAGAGCAGCGAAAGGAGGCAGAGAGGAAGCUGGAAGAGCAACAGCGACGACACCGAGAGCACCCCAAAGUCAAUGUGCCUGGCAGCCAAGCCCAGCUGAAGGAAGUGUGGGAGGAGCUGGAUGGAUUGGACCCCAACAGGUUUAACCCCAAGACCUUCUUCAUACUGCAUGACAUCAACAGCGAUGGUGUCCUAGAUGAGCAGGAGCUGGAGGCCCUCUUCACCAAGGAGCUGGAGAAGGUGUAUGACCCAAAGAAUGAGGAAGACGACAUGCGGGAGAUGGAGGAGGAGCGGCUGCGCAUGCGCGAGCAUGUGAUGAAGAAUGUGGACACCAACCAGGACCGUCUCGUGACCCUGGAGGAGUUCCUCGCAUCCACCCAGAGGAAGGAGUUUGGGGACACAGGGGAGGGCUGGGAGACCGUGGAGAUGCAUCCUGCCUACACAGAGGAGGAGCUGCGGCGCUUUGAGGAGGAGCUGGCGGCCAGGGAGGCAGAGCUGAACGCCAAGGCCCAGCGCCUCAGCCAGGAGUCGGAGGCCCUGGGCCGCUCCCAGGGCCGCCUGGAGGCCCAGAAGAGAGAGCUUCAGCAGGCCGUUCUGCAAAUGGAACAGAGGAAACAGCAGCAGCAAGGCCACAAUGCCGCAGCCCCCGGCCCUGAGGGACAGCUCAAGUUCCAGCCCCAAAAUACAGAUGACGCUCCUGUCCCAGCUCCAGCUGGCGACCAGAAAAAUGUGGCAGCUUCAGAAAAUAAGGUUCCAGAACAGUCCCCCAAUCUGCCUCAGCCCGAUUCCCAGCAUCUGUGAUCCUCCAGGACCGUGGCACUCUGGGUUCCUACCGUCACAGACGAUGGGAGGAUGGCGAAGUGUCGCAGUCACCCUCCUCUGAGGACAACGCGUGUGACCUCCUAGGCAACACGGGACAGGGCGGUGCUUCCCACCGUGCUACCCAGAGGCCCCGCUCUGCUGCCUCAGCUCCUGCAGUCUCCCGGCCUGUAGCCCUGCUGUCUGUCCCCCUCCAGGGACCUGCCUGCUUGUGCGCAGCGGGCACUCAUGACAUCAGCUUGCUUAGGGAAGCCGCCUCCCUCCUGAGAGUGUCCGCUUCGCCCCUGCCUUCUUAGAUGGACCGGCCUUGCCGCCCCAGCUGGGGGGCCACUCGGCAUCCUGCACCCCGCAGCUGCUGCCAGAAACUCCAGUCCGCCUGCUGCUCUGGGCCCCGCUUCUGUUGGUUUAUGAGGCUUGGAUGAUCUCUCGAGACCUUUCUCUACCUUUUGUGGGACCAGCGAUGCCUCGAAGACAGUGUCGACCCUGUGGCUGGGUCAGGGCAGCAGAGUGCUCAGCAGUGCCCAUCGGCGCUGACACCAGGCGUCUUCUUGACCCCGGGCUGUCAGCACCAUCGGCCUCAGGCUCCACCCUGAUGGCUCGGCCCCUCGCCCCUUCCCCACACAGCCACAGAAGGGUCCCAGAGCUGACCCGCACCAGGACCAGGUUCCAGCCCCUCAGCCUCAGUGGGAGGCCCAUGCCCACCUCUCUGGCCUUACCGCCCACUAUUCUCUUCCCUGCUAUGUACUCCAAUUCCAUCCACAUACACUUUCUAGAACAAA